AUGGACAGACAAAAUGAGAGCUUCGUGGCUACAUUCAUCCUUACAGGGAUUCCCCAUGCACCAGACCUAGGGACCACCCUUUUUGGGAUCUUCUUAGUGAUUUAUGUACUCACUUUGAUGGGGAACCUCCUCAUCCUAUUGGUGAUCAAGGUGGAUUCCCACCUGUGCACUCCCAUGUACUAUUUCCUAGCCAACCUCUCUUUUAUUGAUAUGUGGUUCUCCACUGUCACUGUGCCCAAGAUACUCAUGGGUCUCCUCUCGCCAGAUGGUAGGGCUAUCUCAUUUCAAAAUUGUGCAGCUCAGUUCUAUUUCUUCCAUUGCCUGGGAAGCACUGAGUGUUUCCUCUACACAGUCAUGUCCUAUGACCGCUACCUGGCCAUCACUUAUCCCCUGCGUUAUGCUACCAUGAUGAGUGGGGAAACCUGUGCCCUUCUGGCUGGAGGCACAUGGCUCAGUGGUGCUAUCCACUCAGCAGCCCAGACUGCCUUGAUCUUCCGCCUGCCCUACUGUGGCCCCGAUCAGAUUGAACAUUAUGUUUGUGAUGCACCACCCAUUCUCAAAUUAGCCUGUGCAGACACCUCAGUCAAUGAGAUGGUAAUCUUUGUUAACAUUGGAGUUGUAGCUUCUGGAUGUGGCUUCCUGAUUUUUCUUUCCUAUGUGUCCAUUGUUAGAGCUAUUUUGAAGAUCCGCACAGCAGAGGGCAGACACAAAGCCUUCCAUACCUGUGCUUCCCAUUGCAUUGUGGUCCUCUGUUUCUUUGUGCCUGCUCUUAUAAUUUAUCUAAGACCAGGCUCAAAACAUGUUAUGGAUAGGAUUGUGGCCACUUUCCAAACAAUGAUCACACCCAUGCUGAAUCCCUUGGUGUACUCAUUAAGGAACAAAGAAGUAAAGAUGGCUUUGUUCAGGCUGAGAAAGCGAAGGAAUUUUGUAUAA